AUGAUCCUGGAUGAAGAGCUGCUCAUCAAGAGCUGUUUCGCUCUUCAUAAUGGAUCAGGACGUCAUCACGGAUCAUCUCUUGAUCGCCUCUUGACUUUUUUUCUUUUCUUAGUCGUGUGGGCGGUCCUGAAGACCUUUGGGCCCACACUAAGAAAAGAAAAGGCAAGAGCAUCGGAUCAAGAGAUCUUUGAUUUAAUCCUUGACAUUGAUCGCAAUGAUCGCAAAAGAAUAAUUUUAAAGAAUGCGAUCAUUGAUUGCGAUCAAUAUGUCAAGGAAAUCCAAGCUUUCCUUUCUGAACGCCAGUGA